CGUCCUCGGCACUUUGUAUUCUCAUUCCGCGCACCGAUUGCUCUCACGCAGUUCCACCACCUCGUCCAAGAUAUCUUUUCGUGGAAGGAUCGUGUCGCCUCGCCUUUUCUGGGAAAUGACUCGGCUUGGAAGGAUGUCACUAUUCUGUUGCACCAUCUAUGUUUGCAGAAGGAGGAAGGAUGGGUAUUGAUACUCAGUUUUUGUCGAGUAAAAGACGCGCGCGGAGCAUGGAUAUUCAAUUCGUCACACCGUCUCUCCCCCGCAUGUCCCUGUCACUCUUCGCUACCAGCUGUUGUCACCACUUCAUCUCAUCUCGGGUCGUCCUCUAUCACAUGACAGCGUUGACGAGAACGCUCCCUCAGCUGUCAAUAAAGCUGAGGUAGUAUUGGGACGAAGGAACUUUACCUACCGUCCACAUUGGAGGAGCGACUAGGCGAGGAGGGAAUGCGCGGAGAAUGCAUGAUCAUACGGGCGUGUUGGUUGCCGACUUUUGGACCAAGACGACGAAACAAAUCGUCUUCCUGCGGGCGGUCCCGGGAGCCUCGAUUAUACGCGCACUCCGAGAGCUCCUAUUUUUUGAUGUCCGGCGAGCGAAGGCAUACCGUCGUCGAGAGAUUGGAGACAACACAUCAAGCCUCGAGCUCAAGGCUCGUAAACACAACAAUGAUAUGGUGCCGUCUUCACUAAUCUACAUCUGGCGAGCGCACCAUAGCUGUGACUAUAAUUGCCGAGCUUUGCGAGCUAAGAACCGCUGUGCAGUAUGGAUGCUGUCUUCGGUGUCGACACUACCAUUCCACCAUUCGUUCAGAAAUACUGAGGGGGAGGGGCUGUAUACCCCCGAGCCCUUAUACUCAAUGACAGCUAAAGAGACCACUACAUCCUCAUCAACAUCGUUUCUGCUUCGCGCACCGUUGCCGGUUCGAAACGUGGCUGAGUAUUCCUUCGAAGGAUCUGCGUCUGCAAUAUCAUCAAUACCUUCGACAGGUGCUUCGAUAGCGGGCCUUUCCGGGUCGGAAUCAGUACCAUCACCUCCCCCCAGUCAAGCUAUCAUGUUGCACAUCAACAUGAAUCAACUCCUCCCACCAUCGCGUAACACGUUCACAUUCACGAUCACCGGUACCAUCCUUAUUAUCCCCAAAACACCCGGAACGCCAUCAGGAGACGAGUCCGAAUCAUAUCCCGAACCCGUCAUCGUACGCAACGAGGUUGAUUGUGGUAGCGCCAAUGUGGAGGUACACAACUCCACGGGAGAUUACCGACGGGAUGCCCAAGUACGCAAGACGAUGCUCCAGAAAGGCGGGCACGCCAAAUGCGGUGAUGGUGGAGGAAGGAUUGCCCUGCGCAGUGUUGCAGUUAAUGGCAAGCCACCUCCCAGUCGUCCACGUACUACCAGCAACCAGGGACAUCUAAAUACUUCACACUCGUCUUCUCCCGCGCUGCUUAUGAAGAUGCUGUCUUCAGUGAACCAAACCAAGCGGGAUAUGCCUGUGGUUAUCCCGUCUGUAACCGCAACAGUUACGCCGCUUGUGCUGCGAGAGAGCUCGCAUCUCAGUGCUUAUGCGGUACGGGUGAGUUUAACUGCGAUGGCGGAUCCAGAUUCCGAGUGGUUGGAGUUUGGAUUAGGAUCUUUUGGGCAAGUGUCUUCUUCGAACGGAAAGCGAUCGCCAAAGGUGGAUCUCGCGUGUGUUAGUGUGGAGGGUGUACUUGUGAAGUACAAAGCGACUGCUACUACCAAGCAGGACCAUCAGGAUGGCGGCGUUCCGUUUGAGCGGAGGAGUGGGAAGGAGUGGAUUAGUUGGGUUCGAGUGCAUAUCGGAUCGAUGAACGGUCAUUCCGUUGUCGUGGACCAUGUCGUCAAGGUAGACGACGGUGCAGGGAAAGGGAAAGGGAAAGCUCGAGAAGACUCACAGUUUGAUGUGUUUUUGCCUACAUUUGCUGUUCCGAUUGGUAGGUUGGAAGUUGUUGUUGAGGACGUCCCUGGACACGGGAUUACCUGUUUGGAUUCAAAUCUUCGGUAUCGCCAAUCAAGACGACGUCUGCUACACUACUCUGCCGAGGAAUUUUUCUAUCCACACCUUACACUGGCACUGGAUUCCUCUUACGGUAGCAGAUCCAUAUUGUCCUGGUGGAAAUCUGGGCUAUACAUGUGCUUAGUGUCCCUGGUCAUUUCAUGCGCGUUUUUCUUACCGUUAUCCUCCGAGCUCAAACGCGUUGGCCAGUCCUUGGAUAGCUACUCGUUAGGCUCUCAUUGGAACGAUGAACCCCGGCCGGUCGUCGUGACUACCACUGUGUAUUCCAAUACGCGACGGUGGUUUGCCGACGAAUCGGCUACCCCAGAACCGUCGAGUAAUGAAGACGUCUAUUACACUUCGCCCACUUCGAAUUCGCACAUUACUACCACCAUUAUUGCUACCGCCACACCUGAAAUCAACCUACCCGAGCCGUCGUCGGAGAUGCCUCCGCCACAGGUGACUUGGGAAUCGACGUCUUCCCAAGGCCUACAACUUCACUACGAUUGGGCAUCCUGGCAAACGCUUCUAGCUAUGUCUUGGGAGGAUCUACAUCCUCUUCGGGAUAAGGUUAUAGAGAGCCUUGAAUCUCUUUGGCAAAUCUUUAGGAAAGUCUAUCAUUAUCCUUUACCACCUCCGUAA